GUAUCAACAAUGAAAAAACAUUUUGCCACAAAACAUAAUGAUGAUUGGAGAGAAUAUGUUAAGAAUGGAAAAUUUAAUAAAAAGUUACUUCUCGAACCAGAAACUAGCAAAAAGAGUGUAAAGAAACCCAAAACAAGUGAUCUGAUUCGAAAACUUCAAAACACCAAAUCUAUAGAGAAAAAAAAUAUUGUUAGGGGAAAUAAAAAUAUUAAGAAACCUUAUGUUAUCGUUAAGAAAAGUGAUCCUCCCGUGACAGGUUUAAACCGUGAAAUUAUGAAUAAAUAUUUUAAUCAAUAUGAUAUGAUCGAUAUGUUUCGCUGUAAUUUUUGUAAAGAGGUUAUCCCACCAGAAUUGCUUAGAUUACACUUGAUAUUAAAAUGUAAACAUUAUGAUAGGAAAUUAACUAUGCUUGAAGCUACGUUUGCCAGGUCAUCAUUGUUUAAACGAAUAAUCGAAUCGACCAAAGAACUUGUAAAUGAUGUAAAUUUUCGAUUUACGGAAUCGGGUAUAGAGUUCAGUGCCAUGGACAGGUCAUAUAUUUCAUUCAUCUCAGUUCAUCUUGAUUAUGAUGAUUUCCAAGAUUACACCUGUGAACGAGAGAUAACAAUCGGUAUUAGCCUUGUAACAUUAGGCAAGGUAUUAAAUCGAGCGAGUGACAAUGAUACCUUAACCCUGAAGCUUAAAGAAAAUACUACUGAUAGGUUAUAUGUGAUAUUUAUAAAUCCUGACAAUGGUAAAGAGACCAAAUAUGAGAUCGGAUUACUUGAUAUCGACUAG